AUGCUACUAUUCAAUAGCAAUUUUAACACUAAUUCAAAUCAUGCAGAAUUUUUUGCGGCGAGCUCCUCCAAUGAUGCCAGUCUCUUUCUCUCUUUCAAUAAAAAAGAAAAAAACAGGUUUCCUUCCUCCAACGCGACAGCCAUGGCCAACUCCGCAUCUUCCCCGACCAACAGCCCAGCUCCUGCCUCUGUCAGCGCCACUCCGGCUGCUGUAACGACCUCAGCCUCGACUUCGUCGGCUACAGGUGCCGCGCAGCCGUUUCACACGGCCUCGUUGUAUGUAGGGGACAUCCAUCCGGAUGUAACGGAGGCGCUACUUUUUGAAAUAUUCAAUGCUGUGGGUCCAGUCGCGAGCAUUCGCGUGUGCCGAGACGCCGUUACCCGUCGUUCGCUUGGUUACGCAUAUGUGAACUUUCACAAUGUAGCCGAUGCUGAGCGCGCUUUGGAUACAAUGAACUUUACGAGCAUUAAGGGUGUUCCUUGCCGUAUUAUGUGGUCUCAACGUGAUCCAUCGCUCCGUAAGUCAGGCGUCGGUAACAUUUUUGUGAAAAACUUAGACACGUCAAUUGACAACAAGGCGUUGUACGAUACGUUCUCUCUAUUCGGCAAUAUUCUAAGUUGCAAAGUUGCGAUUGACCACACCACUGGCAAUAGCAAAGGAUAUGGUUACGUGCAUUAUGAGACGGCUGAGGCUGCAACUGAAGCUAUUGCUAAAAUCAAUGGUAUGCUCAUUGCUGGCACAGAGGUUUUCGUUGGUCACUUCCAGAAGCGUCAGGAUCGUCCCGAUGCCGAUGACUGGACCAACUGCUAUGUAAAGAACUUGCCCACUCAUUGGACAGAUGCUGAUCUGAUGAAAGAGUUUGAACCGUUUGGAAAGGUGCUAAGUGCAGUUGUGAUGAAGGACAAUGCAAACCCGGAUCACAAUCGUGGCUUUGGCUUCGUUAAUUAUGAAGACUCAGAGUCUGCUCACAGGUCAGUAGAGGCACUUAACGGCAAAGUGUACCCUGCAGGAGAGGGCGUAGAGACAGAGCUGUACGUUGGCAAGGCUCAAAAGCGCUCUGAGCGAGAACGGGAGCUCCGAAACAAGUUUGAACAGUUAAAGAUGGAACGCAUCAACAAAUAUCAGGGUGUCAAUCUGUACGUGAAAAAUCUUGACGACCAGUUGACAGACGACGAGUUACGUGAAGCAUUUUCCGAUUGUGGCACUAUAACGUCGUUUCGUGUCAUGCGAGACCCGAAUGGCAACUCACGAGGCUUCGGGUUUGUAUGCUUUUCGACCCCUGAAGAAGCCAAUAAGGCGGUCGCAGAGAUGAAUGGCAAAUUGAUUUCUGGUAAGCCCGUGUAUGUUGCUUUAGCGCAGCGUAAGGAAGUGCGGCGUGCACAGUUGGAGGCUCAGCACGCUCAGCAACGAGCUGGAAUGGUUGUUGGUCGUGGCAUGCCAAUGGGCCAGCCACCUAUGUACGGUGCUGCUCCUAUGUUUUAUGGUCAACCUGGUCAGCUUCCACCCCAAGCUCGUCAAGGCUUUAUGUAUCCUCAGCAGAUGAUGCCUCGUGGAGUCCAGCGUGGUCCAAUCCCAUACGGUGCCCGUGUGCCUGGCGCGCCAGCUCCAGGUGGCUACCCAAUGCCUGGUUAUGGUAUGCCAAUGCAGCAGCAACGUGGCCAGCCACGACGUGGCCGCCAGGGUCCGGGCCCACAAGGGCCCCAAGGUGCUCCACCUAACCGUCGCAACUUCAAGUACACGGCGAACGCCCGCAACCAUCAAGCCCGUGAUGUUCCACCUCAGGGUGUGAUGCCACCUGCUGCUCCCAUUCAGAAUGCUGGCCCGGAGCCGUUAACCUCGGCUGCUCUGGCUGCCGCCUCGCCGGAGAUUCAGAAAAACAUGAUUGGCGAGCGUCUUUACCCGUUGAUUCACCGCCAGCAGCCUGAACUGGCUGGUAAAAUUACGGGUAUGCUGCUGGAAAUGGACAACGGAGAGUUACUGCAUCUGCUUGAAAGUCCGGAGGCGUUGGAGGCCAAGAUUCAAGAGGCUAUGUCUGUUCUUGAGGCUCACCAAGGCUAA